AUGUUCCGGGCGCGCCGCGUCAGGGCGCCGGCGCCGGCUCCGUUGUCCCGGGCGGCGGCGACCGUGGCCAAGGCGCCCAUGCGCGUGCUCGGGCGGAUACGGGACGCCUACGUCGACGUGAUGCUGGGCGCGGCCAAGACGCGGCCGGCCGUGGCGCGGGCGCUGCCCAACGCGCCCGAGGCGCUGUGGCAGAAGCGGGUGCCCGUACGCCGGUCCAGCAGCCAGGCCCGGCAGCAGCAGCAGCCCGAGGAGCUCGGCCAGAGGCUCGUCAUGGAGAUGUACAAGUCCGUGAUCGCGUCCAGGAACCUCUCGGGCAUGCUCCGCGCGUCGGUGGCGCGAUAG